AACUUUAUUACCUUCCCUUCAUGGGAUGUUACCUUUCCCUUCGUGGAAUGUUACCGCUUCUUCUUUGCAGGAAGGCUUGAAGUGUUACCACAUUACCAUCUCGUUCGCGGGAUGCGCAUACCUUCCGUUUCGGGUUGCAUCUACCCUUCCUACGUACUGGGGAAGUGAAGUAUACCCUCCUUGUGUUGGAGUGAAUCUCCCUUUUCGCCUUCCUGAGAGGAUCAUUAGACAUUUCACCGCCACAUAUAAGAAGUAUGAUUGUUGUGGAAAGCCAGAACGCUCCGUAAUGUGUAGUGGCGAUAUACAAGGGUUAACUGAGGAACAACUUGAAAUAUGGUUAAAAAGCGCGACCACCAAUCCAUUCUAA